ACAUAUUCAGUUACUGCCCUUUGCUCCGUCCCAUUUUUCCCAUUUUGGUAACUAAAUAGUAAAUCCUCUUUGCUUACUGUAGUCUCCUCCUCCUGCUGCUUCUUUUCUCCUGAAAUUGGAGCCAGCUUAGCUUUCAAAAAUCCCUCUCCCUUUUCACUUGAGGUUUCGUUCUUCCUUACUCUCCGGCUUCUCUGAAAUGGAACAUGAUAAUCAUGUCAUAUGCGGUCACAGACUUAGCUUGAUUAGCAUUUCUUUUUUGUUUCUGAUAAUUUCAAGCUGGAUACAGCAGGGAUCCGUCACUGAAGGUAGGGAAGGUGUCAAGAAAACAGGGUUCAGCCAGGCUGGUGAGGACAAGUCAACGGUGAGGGCACAGAUAGGGUCAAGGCCACCAAGAUGUGAGAGAAGGUGCAGCUGGUGUGGCCACUGUGAAGCUGUUCAAGUUCCUACAAAUCCCCAGAUGCAGAAUGCCAAGCGCAAGUCUUCAACCGUAUCCACUGUUGCAUCCGUCAAGGGAGAUGACUAUUCCAACUACAAGCCGAUGAGUUGGAAGUGUAAAUGUGGGAACCUCAUUUUAAACCCCUGAUUUGGUUUCUUUAGAUAUUCAUGGUAAUUGGAAGCCAUUCAUUUUGUCAACCCUUUAUAUAAAUAUAAAUCUUACCUCCCAAUGUGAGGAGACUGAGUAGUCAAGUAUUUCUGCUGUAAUUACUUCAUAUCCCUCUAAAUCUGUCCUCCAUUUCUCUUAUGGCGACAGGUGUUAUUGGUUUAUCUGUUGUGUGAUCUCUGAUUUCAUGAUUCUGUGGGCUUAGGUCUCUGUGUGUGUCUGUGUUGGCGCCAAAAGCCUGUUACCCUUAAUUUCUUUGUUUUGGC